AUUGAAACCUCAACAGUGCGUGGCACGUGUGAGCCGUGUGGAGUAUUUUUGCUCCUGCCAUUGCAGGGGCAAGAAAGACCCUUUACCUCGCUUUGGGCAAAGUCCGUCUCAAUGCUCACAAAAGCAGUCUCGCAAGGACCACGUUCCGGGCUUUAGUUUUCUUAGGAACCCUACCUCAGCCAAAGGAACCACCUGCGAACAAAUCCAGUUACUGAUUCGACUAUAAGGAUGAAGAGAAUAAGAAUGGUCUGGUAUUGGUUGCUGUCCCUACCACUACUACUAGGAGCAGUGGUACUAGGCAAUGUUGCGGAUGCCAACCUCAAAGCAUUAGGCAUCAACUCGGUUAGCAAUCCAGGCACCAACCAGGGCAUCAACACUGGCAUCCAUCAAGGCAUAAAUCCGGGCAUACAUUCGGGUACCACCACAGGUUAUGCGCCAGGGAUUACAAGUGCCACCCUCGGCAAUUCGUCCAGUAUUGAAAGGAGGUGGAAAUGCCAUAGGCUAGGCAAACUUUCGACAAGUGCCACACCAAAUCCGAGAUGCUGGUUCUACUGUUUCGACGAAUCCUUGUAUCGAAUCUACCGGUUACCAGAGGCUAAUGGAACACCAUGCUGGGUGGACAGGAACUACCCGAAAGGAACUUGCAGAUAUUCGCGUUGUAGGCAGCCCAACAUGAAAAAAAGAUGGUGGUUUGGCAAAUUGUUCGGCAGGAGACCCAAGGAUUCCAUGAAAUAAACACGAGAAACAACAUGCACUUUCACAACUUUUCAA